ACUCAGCCCGCGUUCCCAAUCUACCAUCGCCGGCUUGCCAACCCCUCCCCACUCGGCCUCUACUCCUUCGCAUCCACCACACUCAUGCUCUCCCUGAUCAACGUCGGCGCUCGCGGGCUCACAGUGCCCCAAGCCGUGAUCGGCAUGGCCUACGGGUACGGCGGGCUCUGCCAGCUGCUAGCAGGGAUGUGGGAGUUCGCCUCGGGGAACACGUUCGGUGCGACUGCUUUCUCGAGCUAUGGCGGGUUUUGGAUCUCGUAUGGCAUCCUUAACACCCCCGCGUUUGGCGUCUCGGCCGCAUAUACGGGAGAAGCAGCCAGCCAGCUCCCAAACGCCCUCGGCAUCUACCUGGAGAUGUGGUUCAUCGUAACAACCCUAAUAUUCUUCGGCACCUUCCGGUCCUCUUUCGCACUCGUAUUCCUCUUCUUUACGCUGUCACUGACGUUCCUCCUCCUGGGGAUAAGUAACUUGCUAGCUGAGCCGGCGUGUCAGACCGCAGGGGGCGCAUUCGGGAUCAUCGCUGCUCUGACAGCGUACUAUGCUGGUUCUGCGGGCUUGUAUUCUCCGGAUGCGUCGUAUGUCCCCUUA